GUUUAAUUAAAAGAAGAAGCAUCAUAAAAAAGAUAAACAAACACUUUUUAAUAUUUUGCAGACUUUUAACAAAAAUUAUAAGUUUUUAAAACGAUAAACGUAACGAAAUGGGUAAACGACAACAUCAAAAAGAUAAAAUGUAUUUAACCUACACCGAAUGGUCGGAAUUGUAUGGUGGCAAAAAAUAUGAAUCGGCAGAAAAUGAACAUAUUAAAUUUAAACGUUUACCUUUCGAUUGCUGCUGCAUCAGCCUGGUACCCUUUGAGACACCUUACUGUGAUCUGGAGGGUAAUGUCUUUGAAUUGGAGGCUAUACACAAUUUUCUCAAGAAAUAUAAAGUCAAUCCGGUGACAGGCAAAUCUUUGGAUGUUAAAAAGUUGAUUAAAUUGAAUUUCUUUAAAAAUUCCGAUGAUGAAUACCAUUGCCCUGCCUUAUUCAAACCGUUUACCAAAAAUUCCCACAUUGUAGCAGUGGCCACUACGGGUAAUGUUUUCUGCUGGGAGGCCAUAGAGCAAUUGAAUAUUAAGGCUAAGAAUUGGAAGGAUUUGGUAGAUGAUACCCCCUUUUUAAGAAAGGAUCUCAUAACCAUACAAGAUCCACAAAAAUUGGAAAAAUUUGAUAUAUCAAAAUUCCAUCAUGUGCGUAAAAAUUUGAGAGUUCUUACCGAGGAAGAAGAACUAGAGCUAAAAGAUCCUAGUAAGAAAAUUAAAACCAUGAAUUUGGAGACAAAAGAAACUUUGGCACAAUUGGAAAAGGAUUACAAACCGGCCGAAGAGAAACCUUCUACGUCUAAACAAAUGGCUGACAAAUUUAAUGCAGCUCAUUAUUCAACCGGAGCAGUAGCGGCUAGUUUUACCUCAACCGCCUUAGCUCCGGUCUAUAAUCAUGAGGCUGCCAUUAUUGAGGAGGAUAUAGUGAAAUAUGAACGUGUUAAAAAGAAGGGUUAUGUACGUCUCACUACCAAUUUGGGUCCUUUAAACUUUGAGCUAUACUGUGAUCAGGUACCAAAGACUUGUGAUAAUUUUCUGCGUCACUGUUCGAAUGGUUACUAUACGGGCACUAAGUUUCAUCGUUCUAUAAGGAAUUUUAUGAUACAAGGAGGUGAUCCCACAGGCACUGGUACAGGUGGCCAAUCGGUUUGGGGUAAAAAGUUUGAAGAUGAAUUUAAACCAAAUUUAAGUCAUACGGGGCGAGGCAUGCUUUCUAUGGCUAAUUCGGGACCCAAUACAAAUGGAUCACAAUUCUUCAUUACCUAUCGCUCCUGCAAACACUUGGAUGGCAAACACACAAUCUUUGGCAAACUGGUAGGCGGACUAGAUACCCUACAAAAAAUGGAACAAAUAGAAGUGGAUAAUAAAGAUCGUCCCAUUGAGGAUAUAACUAUAGAAUCGGCACAAGUAUUUGUGGAUCCAUUCAAAGAAGCCGAAGAACAAUUGAUUAGGGAAAGAGCCGAAGAAGUAGAAAAACAACAACAAGAAAUUAAUGAAGAAAAGAAACAGAAACGACUUAAAGAACCUUUAAAAGUGUAUCGUGAAGGUGUGGGCAAGUAUUUAAAUAUACAAGCAUUGAAACAAACCAUCAAGGAUGAUACAACAGCCACUACGACAUUGGCAGCAGGGCCUAUAAGAAAGAAAGCCUCAUCUAAAGCAGGUUUUGGUGAUUUUUCUUCCUGCACACCAUUAAUUUAUGGCUUGUAAAAUCUGGACCAAUAA